UAUAGUUAUACGAUAAAAUGUAGAUGGCGCCACUAAAAUUAAGUGAAGUUUACUGCCAGAUCAGCUGUCAGUUGUGAAGUUAUUUAAAGGUUCGAAUCUGUGAUUUUUCGUGAAAAUGGAUUUUUUGUAAAUAAAUAGACUUUUUAUGCUAUAUCAUGUUUUUUGUGAGGUUUAAAAUUAGGUUAUUGUGAAUCAUUAAAGGAAUAUAGCAUGGUUUAACACCCUUUAACAUAAAAGAAUGUCCCCAUACACACCCAGGAAAUCUCAAUAAUGUCCACCAAUGGCCAGAACCCUGUAGAGGGUCCAAUCCCAGAAAACAAUCACGUUGUAACAGGCCGAGUGGUGAACACAAACUGGUUCCGCAACAACAACAACCAAAACCCUUUGUUUAAUGUUCGGGAUAGACUUUUUCACACUCUUUUUUUUCGUGCUGCCGUAGCUUACGCCAGAACAUUUCCGCGGCCUGUCAGGCGAUUUAUCGAGUUUGUGAUUUUAAUAAAGGCGGUUUCUGCAUUUUUUGUGCUAGUGUACAUACAUGUGGCGUUCAGCAAGACACCGACGACAUGUUUGAAGCAUGUUCAGGAUACGUGGCCGCGGGAUGGGAUCCUGCGGGUCGAAAUUGUAAGGAAUCCUGGCAAAGACUAUAACAUCGAUAAGAGUUACGCAAAGGAGGAGAAAUUGAAGCAGGAGAAGGUGGAGGAUAUCAGUAUGAUGCUGACUUUGUUGGCCAGGGAAAGUUUUAUCAAUAUUGAACCUUCUACUGUGGAGGGAAAUGGCAAGGAAACUGAGCCACUAAAUGACACAAAUUAUCAAAACUACACAAACGCGAGCAGCAAACUGAAAGGAAAAUCGUUCGCCACGAACCCUCUCCUCAAUCUUACGCACGUUUCACGCACCGUGUGGGACGGCCUCGAUCUGCUCACCGAAUACCACGCAUCCGUUUCCGAUUCCUCCCUCUCUCCCGUCGAGUUGACGCCGAACGAAACUGUGGCAAAGCCUGAAGCGACGUUUGGCGAGCCGAGCGCCACAGCGGAAACUUCAGAAGUGGCGGAAACGGACGAGGACAGGAGGAGCAAGGCCGAGAAGAAGGAGGCAAGACCGUCAGGUUGGGCCGACGAUGAGUACAUAGUAGAAUAUUCCCUGGAAUACGGCUUUUUGCGUUUAAAUAGGGCCACCAGAGAGCGUCUGAAAAUACCCGUGGAAAUUGUCACCCUAGACCCUGAUAAUGACGAGUGUUUUGGCGACGCUUUUAGCCGAUUGGUUUUGGAUGAAUUUUUGGGUUACGAUGACCUGCUUAUGGCUUCCAUCAAAACUUUGGCAGAAAAAGAGGACAACAAGGGAUAUUUGAGAAAUGUUGUUUCUGGAGAGCAUUACAGAUUUGUAAGCAUGUGGAUGGCAAGGACUUCGUAUUUUGCUGCCUUUUUCAUCAUGAUUGUUUUUACAGUCUCCGUGUCCAUGCUUCUCCGUUACUCACAUCACCAGAUCUUCGUGUUUAUAGUGGAUCUUCUGCAAAUGUUGGAGUUCAACGUGACGGUCAGUUUUCCGGCCGCCCCUUUGCUCACGGUCAUACUUGCCUUAGUCGGCAUGGAAGCAAUAAUGUCGGAGUUUUUUAACGACACCACGACAGCGUUUUACAUUAUUUUAAUCGUGUGGGUAGCCGACCAAUACGACGCCAUCUGUUGCCAUACAGCCAUUACCAAGAGACACUGGCUAAGAUUUUUUUACCUAUACCAUUUUACCUUCUAUGCCUAUCACUACCGAUUUAAUGGACAAUAUAGCAGUUUGGCUUUGAUAACGUCAUGGCUCUUUAUACAACAUUCUAUGGUGUACUUCUUUCAUCAUUACGAGUUGCCCAUCAUUCUACAACAAGCACAGUUUCAGCAGUUCAUUUUAAACAACGCGUCGCCUCCCAGGCACACGAUCCGUAUCCACGGACAGCCCCAGGAUCAGCAGAUUCCCAGCAACAAUCAGCAGCAAAAUCAGCAGGCCAACGAGGGUCAGCAGGAGCAACAGCAUACGCGAAGGACCCGCUUUAGCCAACUUUUUUCAGCCGUGCGACCCUCGGUCACUACACAGACCUCCACCACCGUCGCACAGGUUUCCACUUCAACUUCAACUUCGACCUUGACUACGACCACGACAGUUGGCACGUCUGCGCAGCCGCCCACCUCGAUCCAGACCACGCAAACAAGCGUGGCAACCAUGGAAACAGCCGAGGCGCAAACGAACACGAGCGAAACGACGUCGGCGGAAAGCCAGACCGGCGAUGCUCGGCAUCCUUCGGGCGCUUCCGAUGCGUAGACAACUGGAAUAACCUUUUUUGUUGCUUCUUUUUAGAGUACCUCUAUUGUAUAUACGAUAUAAUGUUAUUAUUAAUUUCGAUAGGUGGAUGUAGAUGUAAUUAUUAACCGAUUAAAUGAAUGAAUAAAUAAAUAUUAAUUGUAAA